AUGGACGCUGUGGCGAGCGCUGGCCUCAAGAGGAGGUUGGAGGAGGCGGAGCUGGGCUCGCAGGGGUCCCGCUCGGACGAUGAGGAAGUGUCCAACAGCGACAGCGGCGACAGCUGCGACAGCGUCACCCCCUGCGGCCCCGCCGCCUGCAGCCCCACCUCCAUCCUGAAGCGGCAGAAGCAGCUCUGCAGGAAGAGCGUUCGCUUCGACCAGGUCACUGUCUACUACUUCGCCCGGCGGCAGGGCUUCACCAGUGUGCCCAGCCAGGGGGGCAGCUCCCUGGGCAUGGCGCCCAGGCACAACUCCGUGCGCAGCUACACCCUCUGCGAGUUCGCCCAGGAGCAGCAGGGGCACCACCGGCAGGUCCUGCGCGAGCACCUGCGGGAGGAGAAGCUGCACGCCAAGAAGAUGAAGCUGACCAGGAACGGGACGGUGGAGUCGCAGGAGGCGGAGGGGCUGACGCUGGAGGACGUCUCGGACGACGACAUCGACGUGGAGGGGGUGGAGGUGGACGACUGCUUCUUCCUGCAGCCGCUGCCCACCAAGCGGCGCCGUGCACUGCUGCGGGCCUCGGGCGUGCAGCGAAUCGACGCCGAGGAGAAGCAGGAGCUGAGGGCGAUUCGCCUGUCCCGGGAGGAGUGCGGCUGCCACUGCCGCCUCUACUGCGACCCACAGGCCUGUGCCUGCAGCCAGGCGGGCAUCAAGUGCCAGGUGGAUCGAAUGUCCUUCCCCUGCGGCUGCUCCCGCGACGGCUGCGGCAACAUGUCCGGGCGGAUCGAAUUCAACCCCCUGCGGGUGCGGACUCACUACCUGCACACCAUCAUGAAGUUGGAGCUGGAGAGCAAGCGGCAGGGCGGCCGGACCCCGGCCCCCGAGCAGGAAGCGGCCCCCCAGCCCCCCGGGGGUGCCUGGCUGGGGCCGCAGGCGGCCGAGACCCAGGACUUCCAGGAGUUCAUGGCCGAGAACGAGUCGGCAGUGAUGCACCUGCAGACCGCCGAGGAGCUGGAGAGGCUGAAGGCUGAGGAAGACUCCAGCAGCGGUUCGGGCGUGGAGAGCCUGGGGGUUUGCAUCCUGCAGGAGCCGCUGGCCGUGCCCGAGGGGCUGUGCCCGGCUCUGGCCGCCCCCAUUCUCAUCCAGGCACAGCUGCCCCCGGGCUCGUCCGUGCUGUGCUUCGCCGAGGGAUCGGAGCCGGCGGCGCCGGCGGGGGGCAGCGAACCCUACCUGAACGAUGGCACCGUGCUCUACUACCAGCUGGAGCCGCGCCCGGCGCCGGCUGCCAAGGCCGAAGGCAGCCCGGCAGAGCCUCCGACACCGUGCCCCUGCCCGGCAGAGCGUCCGGCACCGUGCCCAGGCCCCGCAGAGCCUCCGGCACCGUGCCCCUGCCCGGCAGAGCGUCCGGCACCGUGCCCCUGCCCGGCAGAGCCUCCGGCACCGUGCCCCUGCCCGGCAGAGCCACCGGCACCGUGCCCAGGCCCCGCAGAGCCACCGGCACCGUGCCCCUGCCCGGCAGAGCCUCCGGCACCGUGCCCCUGCCAGCCCGAGAAGGGCCCCGGCGCCCUCCCCGUGUCCGCCGUGCCCUGCAGCCGAGCUGUGAGCAAGGGGGAAGCCCCCAGACCCCCUCCCUCGGCUCCGGAGAAGGCAGCGGCCGCCCCCCGCAGCCCCCCCCAGCCCUCGGAGCCAGCCCCGGAGCGGCUGCCGGAGCCGCCCUGCCCAGAGGGACACUCUCCGGGGCCCAUCCUGCCAGUCUGA